UCGGCACUUGCCAGAUAGCUCAGUUGAAGAUAACUUGUUAUCUUGUGCUCUAUUCUGUCGUAAUUAAUGUGUAGAAUAGUUUGAAAAAUAAGUUUAGAAUUUUACAAAAUAAAAUAUAUUAAAAAUGGUGGUAACUAAAAGAGUGCUAGUGAUUUACACAGGUGGUACUUUUGGUAUGCUGAAAAAUGAGAAAGGAGUGCUGGUGCCGCAGAAGAACAUAGAGAAAGUGAUCAGGAAGCUGCCACAGUUGCACGAUGAAGAAUACUGGCAGAAGAAUCUCGCCAACACAGACCAGAAGGACUACCUUGCUCUUCCAGAUGGCAAGGACACAGAUAUCAAAAUAUUGUACAAAAUCCACGAGUAUGAUGAGCUGAAGGAUUCUUCAGACUUCACUAUCGACGACUGGAUCAAACAAGCUAGGGAUAUCAAGUGUUUCUACCACGACUACGAUGGAUUCGUAGUACUGCAUGGCACGGACACCACCGCGUACGGAGCAUCAGUGCUGUCGAUGAUGCUCGAAGUUGUAGGCAAGACGGUCGUGCUUACUGGCGCACAGGUGCCAAUCUUCCAACCCCGUAGUGAUGGGAACAACAACCUGCUGUGUGCUGUCUUGAUUGCCGCCACGCUCCACAUUCCCGAAGUCACAGUCUUCUUUGGAGCCAAACUCUUCAGGGGAACCAGAGUAAAGAAAGUAUCCAACACCCGUAUCUAUGCGUUCGAUACGCCCAACUUCCCCCCGCUGCUGGAAGCUAAGACGACCCUGGAUGUGGACCCUAAGAUGCUGAUCCACCCGCCAGGCUCAGUGCCUAACGAGUGUAGACUUCAUGACCAGUUGUCCAAGAAAGUGUACGUCUUAAAGGUCGCGCCAACGAUCACGCCGGAGAUCAUCCGGGCGGUCUUCGAGGGGAUGGAAGGCGUAGUGCUAGAAACAUACGGCAACGGGAACAUCCCAAUCAAACGCAAGGAGAUCUACAAGGAGAUCGAGCGAGCUGUCAAGAAUAACGUGCUCGUUGUCAAUGUGACGCAGUGCAUCAACGGAACCGUGCUCGGGAAGGCCAUCUACGAGACUGGCUUGCUGCUGGUUGAAUGUGGAGUGGUACCAGCAUUUGACAUGACAGCGGAGGCAGCUCUAGCGAAACUCUCCUACGUGCUCACCAAGAAAGAACUCUCUUAUCAACAGAAAGUUGAGCUAAUGAAAACUAAUAUACGAGGCGAGUUAUACAAUCCCAGUCAUUAACUAAAUAAAAAAACUCGAAUAUAUGUUACGUGUGUUAAAAUAAUAUUAAAUAAAACAUUUUUUGUAGAUAAUUAUGACAUAUUUUAUUUCAAAAAAUAAUUCAUUUUACUUCACACUUACAUGUAUGACACAUAUUCAGUAGAAUAAUUAUGCAAAAAUGCAGGCAAUAUAACAUAAUAAAAACAAAAUAAUAAACAUUUACUUAAUAAAAAAUAUAAAUGCCCCGACGAAAUGUAUUACUUUAUUUAUUUUUUUAAUUAAAAUAUACAGAAAAAGUACUCAAAAACUAUUCGAAAAACAUUUUAUUAUCUUUGGAAUUUUGACAAAACACCUCAAAAAUGCAAAAAAAUUUGGCGCCAAUUUUUCAAUCCCCGACAUUUUACAACUACCUACACACGACACCAGGCACACGAGUACAGUUACAGUCACAAGGGCAAUACAAAAUUGUUCAAAUAUAGAUUAACAUAACGUAUAUCAGCUUAACAUAUUUUUGAGGUAAAACAUAAGUGGUAACGUAAUGGAAUAGGUAGCAUACAUUUUUAAAUACUACUUAAA